AUGAUGCUCCGCCGUUCGACUGCUGCGCUGGUGCAGAACGCCGCGCCCGUCACGCGUGCGUUCAGUGCUGCUGCAAACGCCUCUGGCGACGUCCAGUUUGAUCUCUCGGACCCCUAUGUGCUACACCGUCUCGAUGAAGGACCUGCUGAAGUAGCAGUAACGAACCGUGAGGAAAUGCUGGGCUAUUACCAGAUGAUGUACACGAUGCGACGCAUGGAGAUCACGAACGACAAUGAGUACAAGGCACGGAACAUUCGUGGAUUCUGUCACUUGUACGACGGACAAGAGGCCGUGGCUACAGGUGUUGAAGCUGCCCUGGAUCGCUCGGACUCGUGGAUCACUUCGUACCGUAAUCACUGCAUCAUGCUCGCUCGGGGUGCUGAGGUCAAGGACGUCUUGGCGGAGCUCUUUGGCAAGAAGGACGGCGCUACUGGCGGCAAAGGUGGCUCGAUGCACUUUUACAACAAGAAGAACAACUUCUACGGUGGACAGGGAAUCGUUGGUGCUCAGGUGCCGGUGGGAGCAGGUCUGGCCUUUGCUAGCAAGUACAACCACAAGGGCGAGGGCCUGAUGCCUUGCGCCAUUACGAUGUUUGGUGAUGGUGCUGCCAAUCAAGGUCAGGUGUUUGAAGCUUCCAACAUGGCUGCUCUCUGGAAGCUGCCGGCCAUCUUUUGCAUCGAGAACAACCAGUACGGUAUGGGCACGUCUACGCAGCGUUCGUCGAAUAACACGGACUAUUACACCUAUGGCAACAAGAUCCCUGGCAUUAAGUGCGACGGCAAUGACGUGCUUGCUGUCCGUGAGUGCACGAAGUUUCUCAAGACGUGGUGCGGUGAGGGCAAGGGCCCCAUCUUUGUCGAGAUGAACACGUACCGCUACCACGGCCACUCCAUGUCGGACCCUGGCGUGACGUACCGCAACCGCGACGAGAUCUCGCAGAUGCGUGCAUCGCGUGAUCCCAUUGAGCUGGUGAAGAAACGCAUGAUCGAGGCCGAACUUGCUACAGCGGACGAGAUCAAGGAACUCGAGAAGAAGGUGCGCGCUGAGGUCGUGAAGGCCACCAAGGAGGCCAAGGCCUCCGCCAAGCCCGAUGAGGCUUCGGCCUUCGUGGGUGUGUACGCGGACAAACAGGGCAAGAACGAGUACCCGCCGUUCAUUCGUUUUCCCGACUACACGAAGAGUUUAUACAAUGGCAAGCGUUUGUAG